AUGUUUCGCAAUUCCAUCGUAGCGGUCACUCUGUGGCUCGCUUCUCCCGCAACGGCCAGCUAUGCCUUCUACGUUGGAAAGAACCUCACCAGUGACGGAAGUGUUCUCGUCGGUGGCACCGGAGAGGAGGUGUCAAGCCACUGGCUGCAGCUAUUUCCCGCCAAAGAUCACCCGCCAAAUGCCACAAUCAGUGUCGGCGUGACAGAGGCAGCCAGCUUCCCCGGAGAACUCAUCCAGAUUCCCCAAGCCAACCACACGUUCAGAUAUCUAAGCAUGGAGUAUUCCGACUACGAGGGAUUUCCUGCCCCUCUGACGAACGGCGGCCUCAAUGAAAAGGGCGUUACUGUCCGUGAUGUCUGGGCUGAUAACCGUCAAGAGUUGCUCGACAUGACCCCAAAUCCCCAGCAUGGCUUGCAAUACAGUGACCUUGCGCGGAUAGUCAUGGAAAGGGCCACCACUGCUCGCCAUGGUGUCGAGAUCAUCGGCGACUUGAUUGCCAAAUAUGGAGAAUCGACCUACGGAGGAAACUCGCAUCUCAUCGCUGAUAAGGAUGAGGGAUGGGUUGUUUGGGAAAUGGCUGGCGGUGCGAAACUGUGGGCAGCCCAGCGAUUAGGUCCCAAUGAUAUCAAAGUGCUAUACCCUGGAUAUAUCGAAGACUUCCCGACCAACUUCACUGGACAUCCUGAUUUCAUGGGAUCUAGCAAUAUCGUCUCAUUUGCCAUCGAGCAAGGGUGGUGGAAUGAGACUUCUGGAAAACCCUUCAACAUCUUCAACGUCUACGGCCCUCAGGACCCUCGGUACAAAGCCCGCGACGGCGGAUACAAGUUCAUGUCUCAAGCUGCUCUGGAAGAUGCCACCCGUGAAAUGGUUCCUGUGACUGAAGAAAAGCUCAUACAACGAGUGCGUGACCACCGAAUUGCCGAUGAUGAGGCUGGUUACGGCCAGGUGGUGAGCCUGCGGGCCGAUAUCAACCCCGACCUGCUCCGAAUUUGGAUCGCCCCUACUGGAUCUGUUUCUGCGCCCUUUGUUCCGUGGUGGCUCGGUGUCCAAUCUAUCACUCCCGAAUUUGGCGAGCACCGGUAUCUGACGACCGGAGCCUCCAGCUCGUUCCUAAACCCCGACUACGAACUACAGGAGGCCUCGAUAUUUGCAGGACGGGUAUUCAAGCGCGUUCUGUACUACAUGUGCUCCGACCCAAAUAGGUACAUGCCAACUGUGACUGAGAUGCUCACCGGCUUCGAGUCACAGUCCCGUGACCAAGUCAGUGGUUGGGUUGAGAAGGCCGCUCAAGCCCUGAUUGACGCUGAUGACCGCAAUGCCACGCAGAGCCUCCUAACAUACUAUUCACAUUCACGAGCCUCGGCUGCCCUGGAGCUCGGCCAGACACUCAAUAGUGCGCUGGACGGAUAUAUCAAGCUGACUGGCCAGUGGCGCUCACCAAUCGGCAACCAGAUCAAUGAUUCCGGUGAGGGUAACGAGACCGUCAAUUGCCUUGUGGGAUAUGAUCCAGAUCAGCCCAAGGAUCGUCAGUGA